GAUCUCUGGCGUCCCGGCCCGAGCUCAAAUUUCCCGGGCCGGGAGCGCGGGGCCUGCCGGGAAGACGCCGGGUCGGUUGCGCAGCGGGUGGGCUUCGGCGGCCGCCGGGGGGCUUCGCCAUGCAGAGCACCGACCUGGGCAACAAGGAGAGCGGCAAGUUGUGGCACCGCAAGCCCUCCCCGGCCGCUCGCGACGGAAUUAUAGUGAACAUCAUUCACAGCACUUCUGAUUACCUUCCCAAAGUCUUGCGAUUUUUGAACGUGUCGUUUGAUAGCUCAGGUGACUGCUUAAUUGCCGGAGACCAUCAAGGAAAUAUCUACGUUUUUGACUUGUAUGGAAACAGGUUUAAUCUUGUUCAACGAACAGCCCAAGCUUGCACGGCUCUGGCCUUUAACCUCCAUAGGAAGUCUGAGUUCCUUGUGGCGUUAGCUGAUUACUCUAUUAAAUGUUUCGAUACAGUUACCAAGGAGCUGGUUAGCUGGAUGAGAGGACAUGAGUCGUCAGUAUUUUCGAUCUCUGUGCACGCCUCGGGGAGAUAUGCCAUCACUACUUCUUCAGACACCGCACAGCUUUGGGACUUGGAUACCUUUCAGAGGAAAAGGAAGCUGAAUAUUCGACAGUCUGUGGGAAUACAAAAGGUUUUCUUUUUACCAUUAAGUAAUACCAUCCUCAGCUGUUUUAAAGACAAUUCCAUCUUCGCCUGGGAAUGUGAUACUCUUUCUUGCAAAUAUCAACUGCCAGCUCCACCUGAGAGCUCUAGUAUAGUAUACAGAGUAUUUGCCGUGACCAGAGAUGGUCGAAUCCUGGCAGCUGGCGGUAAAUCAAAUCACCUUCACUUGUGGUGCUUGGAAGCUAAACAGCUAUUUAGAAUUAUUCAGAUGCCUACUAAAGUUCGAGCCAUUCGCCAUCUAGAAUUUCUCCCUGAUAGUUUUGAUGCUGGUUCCAAUCAGGUCCUUGGAGUGCUAAGUCAAGACGGUAUCAUGAGAUUUGUUAAUAUUCAGACUUGUAAACUUCUCUUUGAAAUUGGGAGCCUUGAUGAAGGAAUUAGCUCAUCAGUAAUUAGCCCACAUGGACGGUACAUUGCAUCCAUUAUGGAAAAUGGAAGUCUGAACAUAUAUUCAGUUCAAGCUCUAACACAAGAAAUAAAUAAGCCACCUCCUCCCUUAGUGAAAGUGAUUGAAGAUUUGCCUAAGAGUAAACUGAAUUCUGGUGGCCUAAAGAUGAAAGUCACAUCCAGAAGAGUUCAGCGGCCAGCAAAAUCAAGGGAAAACAAAAUACAAGCCAGAAUAUUAAAACAAGACCUGACUGGUAAUUUUGAAAAUAAAGAGAAUGAGAUGUCCGAUGGAUUAAACAAAAAGCGCUUACAAAUCUUAUUAAAAGGCUAUGGUGAAUAUCCAACGAAAUACAGAAUGUUCAUAUGGCGCUCUCUGCUACAACUGCCUGAAAAUCACACUGCAUUUAGUAGCCUGGUGGAUAAAGGUGUUCACGUGGCAUUUCUCAACCUUCAGAAGAAAUACCCCAUCAAAAGUCGGAAGCUACUCCGAGUACUACAGAGAACGCUCUCCGCAUUAGCUCACUGGUCUGCCAUCUUUAGCGACACACCGUAUCUUCCACUCUUGGCAUUUCCAUUUGUAAAAUUAUUCCAGAACAACCAACUCAUCUGUUUUGAAGUUGUUGCUACUCUCAUAAUCAAUUGGUGUCAACACUGGUUUGAAUAUUUUCCUAAUCCUCCUAUCAAUAUUCUCAGUAUGAUAGAAAAUGUUUUGGCAUUUCACGACAAGGAACUACUGCAGCAUUUCAUAGAUCAUGAUAUAACUUCCCAGCUGUAUGCAUGGCCUCUUCUUGAAACCGUUUUUUCAGAAGUGCUAACAAGAGAGGAGUGGCUAAAAUUAUUCGAUAAUGUCUUUUCCAACCACCCGUCAUUCCUCCUGAUGACUGUCGUGGCCUACAACACGUGUUCCAGGGCGCCGCUGCUCCACUGCCGUCUCAGAGAUGACUUCGAGUAUUUUUUCCAUCAUCGGAAUAACCUGGAUAUCAGUGUUGUGAUUAGAGAAGUUUAUCGUCUCAUGGACGCCACUCCUACUGACAUCCAUCCAGACGGCAAGCUUGACGCCUUCGUGGCGCUGACGAAAGGACAAUAUCCAGUAUUUAACCAGUAUCCGAAGUUUAUUGUGGACUACCAGACCCAGGAGCGGGAGCGGAUAAGAAAUGAUGAGUUGGACUUCUUACGAGAGAGGCAGAUGGUUGAAGAUAUGCAAGCUGAGGUAGACCAGCAGAGAGUUGAAGAUGAAGCUUGGUACCAAAAACAAGAACUGCUUCGUAAAGCUGAGGAACAAAGGCGAGAAAUGCUCUUACAGGAGGAGGAGAAGAUGGUGCAGCAGAGACAGAGACUAGCUUCUGUGAAAAGAGAGCUGAAAGUGAAGGAAAUGCACUUACAGGAUGCUACAAGAAGGCGCUUUCUGAAGCUUCAGCAAGACCAGCGGGAAAUGGAACUAAGAAGACUGAACGAUGAAAUCGAGAGAAAGGUACAUAUGAGAGAUCGAGAAAUUGCUACUGCGGCAAAAGACCUAGAAAUGAGACAUCUGGAACUGGAAUCACAGAGUAGACUUUACGAGAAGAAUCUCAUUAGAAAUCAUGAAGCUGUCGCAAGAGAGAUGAGAGAAGAUGCAGAUGCCUACAGACGAAAAGUGGAUCUUGAAGAACACAUGUUCCACAAACUGAUAGAAGCAGGUCAGACUCAGAACGAAAAAACUCAGAAGUUAAUUGAAGAAAAUUUGGCAGAAGCUGAACAAGCAUGUCUAAAUGCUGACUGGCGAAUUCAAGCUUUACAUAAACAAAGAUGUGAUGACCUGCAGCGGCACGAAUGUUACCAGGAAGUGGCCGAGCUCCUUCAGGAAAACAGAAGGAAAGAAACAGAAGUAUUGAACGCGAUGGUGGGGGAGGGGGCUAAAAAGUGGGAGGAAGCUAAAGAAAAAGACUUUCACUUGAAGUCAGAAAAGAAAGCUUCAGCUCUCUCGGAUGCAUCUCGAAAGUGGUUUCUGGAGAAAGAGCUACAUGAUGCUUUAGAACAUGCUGAACACCCACACAGGACAGUGCCCAGAUGCCCAAGUGGCCAGGCUUCCGCAAGCUGUCUGCCCAGAGCCGCACAAUUAAAUGACACUUCUGAAGUGGAUUCCAAAACACACAGUAAGUUCAUAAGCAUUUCUUUAAAUCAGAGAAGAGUGCAGUGGGACGCCCGGGAACAGGAUCUUAUGGAGAGAGUGAGAAACCUCCGCCAGAGGCUCGCCGCCCAGGCUCGCCGCCGACGUCGAGCGCCUCACCUCCUGGCCACGUAGGAGGCUGCUCACUGAGAGAGAGGGGGGGGGAGAGGGAGGGAGAGAGAGGGGGAGACAGAGACAGAGAGAGACAGACAGACACAGACCUAUUUGGCAAUCAAGGACACUGAUUUUUACAUUAUUUAUUUUAUAGACCUGCAGACAUCUACUUUUUGUAUAGAAAAUGUAUGUAUAAAAAUUAUGUGGACUAUUUCAUUCUGAUGCUUUUUGGCUUGUAAAUGUCUUGUACUUUUCAUAAUAAAAUUUGUGAAGGAUCA